AUGCAUGGAGGCGUGUUUGGGCACAUGCAUGGAGGCGUGUUUGGGUCAUCCCCAUGCAUGGAGGCGUGUUUGGGUCAUCCCCAUGCAUGGAGGCGUGUUUGGGUCAUCCCCAUGCAUGGAGGCGUGUUUGGGUCAUCCCCAUGCAUGGAGGCGUGUUUGGGUCAUCCACAUGCAUGGAGGCGUGUUUGGGUCAUCCACAUGCAUGGAGGCGUGUUUGGGUCAUCCACAUGCAUGGAGGCGUGUUUGGGUCAUCCACAUGCAUGGAGGCGUGUUUGGGUCAUCCCCAUGCAUGGAGGCGUGUUUGGGUCAUCCACAUGCAUGGAGGCGUGUUUGGGUCAUCCCCAUGCAUGGAGGCGUGUUUGGGUCAUCCCCAUGCAUGGAGGCGUGUUUGGGUCAUCCCCAUGCAUGGAGGCGUGUUUGGGUCAUCCACAUGCAUGGAGGCGUGUUUGGGUCAUCCACAUGCAUGGAGGCGUGUUUGGGUCAUCCCCAUGCAUGGAGGCGUGUUUGGGUCAUCCCCAUGCAUGGAGGCGUGUUUGGGUCAUCCCCAUGCAUGGAGGCGUGUUUGGGUCAUCCCCAUGCAUGGAGGCGUGUUUGGGUCAUCCCCAUGCAUGGAGGCGUGUUUGGGUCAUCCCCAUGCAUGGAGGCGUGUUUGGGUCAUCCCCAUGCAUGGAGGCGUGUUUGGGUCAUCCCCAUGCAUGGAGGCGUGUUUGGGUCAUCCCCAUGCAUGGAGGCGUGUUUGGGUCAUCCCCAUGCAUGGAGGCGUGUUUGGGUCAUCCCCAUGCAUGGAGGCGUGUUUGGGUCAUCCCCAUGCAUGGAGGCGUGUUUGGGUCAUCCCCAUGCAUGGAGGCGUGUUUGGGUCAUCCCCAUGCAUGGAGGCGUGUUUGGGUCAUCCCCAUGCAUGGAGGCGUGUUUGGGUCAUCCCCAUGCAUGGAGGCGUGUUUGGGUCAUCCCCAUGCAUGGAGGCGUGUUUGGGUCAUCCCCAUGCAUGGAGGCGUGUUUGGGUCAUCCCCAUGCAUGGAGGCGUGUUUGGGUCAUCCCCAUGCAUGGAGGCGUGUUUGGGUCAUCCCCAUGCAUGGAGGCGUGUUUGGGUCAUCCCCAUGCAUGGAGGCGUGUUUGGGUCAUCCACAUGCAUGGAGGCGUGUUUGGGUCAUCCCCAUGCAUGGAGGCGUGUUUGGGUCAUCCCCAUGCAUGGAGGCGUGUUUGGGUCAUCCCCAUGCAUGGAGGCGUGUUUGGGUCAUCCCCAUGCAUGGAGGCGUGUUUGGGUCAUCCCCAUGCAUGGAGGCGUGUUUGGGUCAUCCCCAUGCAUGGAGGCGUGUUUGGGUCAUCCCCAUGCAUGGAGGCGUGUUUGGGUCAUCCCCAUGCAUGGAGGCGUGUUUGGGUCAUCCCCAUGCAUGGAGGCGUGUUUGGGUCAUCCACAUGCAUGGAGGCGUGUUUGGGUCAUCCACAUGCAUGGAGGCGUGUUUGGGUCAUCCACAUGCAUGGAGGCGUGUUUGGGUCAUCCACAUGCAUGGAGGCGUGUUUGGGUCAUCCACAUGCAUGGAGGCGUGUUUGGGUCAUCCACAUGCAUGGAGGCGUGUUUGGGUCAUCCACAUGCAUGGAGGCGUGUUUGGGUCAUCCACAUGCAUGGAGGCGUGUUUGGGUCAUCCCCAUGCAUGGAGGCGUGUUUGGGUCAUCCCCAUGCAUGGAGGCGUGUUUGGGUCAUCCACAUGCAUGGAGGCGUGUUUGGGUCAUCCACAUGCAUGGAGGCGUGUUUGGGUCAUCCACAUGCAUGGAGGCGUGUUUGGGUCAUCCCCAUGCAUGGAGGCGUGUUUGGGUCAUCCCCAUGCAUGGAGGCGUGUUUGGGUCAUCCCCAUGCAUGGAGGCGUGUUUGGGUCAUCCCCAUGCAUGGAGGCGUGUUUGGGUCAUCCCCAUGCAUGGAGGCGUGUUUGGGUCAUCCCCAUGCAUGGAGGCGUGUUUGGGUCAUCCACAUGCAUGGAGGCGUGUUUGGGUCAUCCACAUGCAUGGAGGCGUGUUUGGGUCAUCCACAUGCAUGGAGGCGUGUUUGGGUCAUCCCCAUGCAUGGAGGCGUGUUUGGGUCAUCCCCAUGCAUGGAGGCGUGUUUGGGUCAUCCACAUGCAUGGAGGCGUGUUUGGGUCAUCCCCAUGCAUGGAGGCGUGUUUGGGUCAUCCCCAUGCAUGGAGGCGUGUUUGGGUCAUCCCCAUGCAUGGAGGCGUGUUUGGGUCAUCCCCAUGCAUGGAGGCGUGUUUGGGUCAUCCCCAUGCAUGGAGGCGUGUUUGGGUCAUCCACAUGCAUGGAGGCGUGUUUGGGUCAUCCCCAUGCAUGGAGGCGUGUUUGGGUCAUCCACAUGCAUGGAGGCGUGUUUGGGUCAUCCACAUGCAUGGAGGCGUGUUUGGGUCAUCCCCAUGCAUGGAGGCGUGUUUGGGUCAUCCACAUGCAUGGAGGCGUGUUUGGGUCAUCCCCAUGCAUGGAGGCGUGUUUGGGUCAUCCACAUGCAUGGAGGCGUGUUUGGGUCAUCCACAUGCAUGGAGGCGUGUUUGGGUCAUCCCCAUGCAUGGAGGCGUGUUUGGGUCAUCCCCAUGCAUGGAGGCGUGUUUGGGUCAUCCACAUGCAUGGAGGCGUGUUUGGGUCAUCCACAUGCAUGGAGGCGUGUUUGGGUCAUCCACAUGCAUGGAGGCGUGUUUGGGUCAUCCCCAUGCAUGGAGGCGUGUUUGGGUCAUCCCCAUGCAUGGAGGCGUGUUUGGGUCAUCCCCAUGCAUGGAGGCGUGUUUGGGUCAUCCCCAUGCAUGGAGGCGUGUUUGGGUCAUCCCCAUGCAUGGAGGCGUGUUUGGGUCAUCCCCAUGCAUGGAGGCGUGUUUGGGUCAUCCCCAUGCAUGGAGGCGUGUUUGGGUCAUCCCCAUGCAUGGAGGCGUGUUUGGGUCAUCCCCAUGCAUGGAGGCGUGUUUGGGUCAUCCACAUGCAUGGAGGCGUGUUUGGGUCAUCCCCAUGCAUGGAGGCGUGUUUGGGUCAUCCACAUGCAUGGAGGCGUGUUUGGGUCAUCCACAUGCAUGGAGGCGUGUUUGGGUCAUCCACAUGCAUGGAGGCGUGUUUGGGUCAUCCCCAUGCAUGGAGGCGUGUUUGGGUCAUCCCCAUGCAUGGAGGCGUGUUUGGGUCAUCCCCAUGCAUGGAGGCGUGUUUGGGUCAUCCACAUGCAUGGAGGCGUGUUUGGGUCAUCCCCAUGCAUGGAGGCGUGUUUGGGUCAUCCCCAUGCAUGGAGGCGUGUUUGGGUCAUCCCCAUGCAUGGAGGCGUGUUUGGGUCAUCCCCAUGCAUGGAGGCGUGUUUGGGUCAUCCCCAUGCAUGGAGGCGUGUUUGGGUCAUCCCCAUGCAUGGAGGCGUGUUUGGGUCAUCCCCAUGCAUGGAGGCGUGUUUGGGUCAUCCCCAUGCAUGGAGGCGUGUUUGGGUCAUCCCCAUGCAUGGAGGCGUGUUUGGGUCAUCCACAUGCAUGGAGGCGUGUUUGGGUCAUCCACAUGCAUGGAGGCGUGUUUGGGUCAUCCACAUGCAUGGAGGCGUGUUUGGGUCAUCCCCAUGCAUGGAGGCGUGUUUGGGUCAUCCCCAUGCAUGGAGGCGUGUUUGGGUCAUCCCCAUGCAUGGAGGCGUGUUUGGGCGUGUUUGGGUCAUCCCCAUGCAUGGAGGCGUGUUUGGGUCAUCCCCAUGCAUGGAGGCGUGUUUGGGUCAUCCCCAUGCAUGGAGGCGUGUUUGGGUCAUCCCCAUGCAUGGAGGCGUGUUUGGGUCAUCCCCAUGCAUGGAGGCGUGUUUGGGUCAUCCCCAUGCAUGGAGGCGUGUUUGGGUCAUCCCCAUGCAUGGAGGCGUGUUUGGGUCAUCCACAUGCAUGGAGGCGUGUUUGGGUCAUCCACAUGCAUGGAGGCGUGUUUGGGUCAUCCACAUGCAUGGAGGCGUGUUUGGGUCAUCCACAUGCAUGGAGGCGUGUUUGGGUCAUCCCCAUGCAUGGAGGCGUGUUUGGGUCAUCCCCAUGCAUGGAGGCGUGUUUGGGUCAUCCCCAUGCAUGGAGGCGUGUUUGGGUCAUCCCCAUGCAUGGAGGCGUGUUUGGGUCAUCCCCAUGCAUGGAGGCGUGUUUGGGUCAUCCCCAUGCAUGGAGGCGUGUUUGGGUCAUCCCCAUGCAUGGAGGCGUGUUUGGGUCAUCCCCAUGCAUGGAGGCGUGUUUGGGUCAUCCCCAUGCAUGGAGGCGUGUUUGGGUCAUCCACAUGCAUGGAGGCGUGUUUGGGUCAUCCACAUGCAUGGAGGCGUGUUUGGGUCAUCCACAUGCAUGGAGGCGUGUUUGGGUCAUCCACAUGCAUGGAGGCGUGUUUGGGUCAUCCACAUGCAUGGAGGCGUGUUUGGGUCAUCCACAUGCAUGGAGGCGUGUUUGGGUCAUCCACAUGCAUGGAGGCGUGUUUGGGUCAUCCACAUGCAUGGAGGCGUGUUUGGGUCAUCCACAUGCAUGGAGGCGUGUUUGGGUCAUCCCCAUGCAUGGAGGCGUGUUUGGGUCAUCCACAUGCAUGGAGGCGUGUUUGGGUCAUCCACAUGCAUGGAGGCGUGUUUGGGUCAUCCACAUGCAUGGAGGCGUGUUUGGGUCAUCCACAUGCAUGGAGGCGUGUUUGGGUCAUCCACAUGCAUGGAGGCGUGUUUGGGUCAUCCACAUGCAUGGAGGCGUGUUUGGGUCAUCCCCAUGCAUGGAGGCGUGUUUGGGUCAUCCCCAUGCAUGGAGGCGUGUUUGGGUCAUCCCCAUGCAUGGAGGCGUGUUUGGGUCAUCCACAUGCAUGGAGGCGUGUUUGGGUCAUCCCCAUGCAUGGAGGCGUGUUUGGGUCAUCCACAUGCAUGGAGGCGUGUUUGGGUCAUCCACAUGCAUGGAGGCGUGUUUGGGUCAUCCACAUGCAUGGAGGCGUGUUUGGGUCAUCCACAUGCAUGGAGGCGUGUUUGGGUCAUCCACAUGCAUGGAGGCGUGUUUGGGUCAUCCACAUGCAUGGAGGCGUGUUUGGGUCAUCCACAUGCAUGGAGGCGUGUUUGGGUCAUCCACAUGCAUGGAGGCGUGUUUGGGUCAUCCACAUGCAUGGAGGCGUGUUUGGGUCAUCCACAUGCAUGGAGGCGUGUUUGGGUCAUCCACAUGCAUGGAGGCGUGUUUGGGUCAUCCACAUGCAUGGAGGCGUGUUUGGGUCAUCCACAUGCAUGGAGGCGUGUUUGGGUCAUCCACAUGCAUGGAGGCGUGUUUGGGUCAUCCACAUGCAUGGAGGCGUGUUUGGGUCAUCCACAUGCAUGGAGGCGUGUUUGGGUCAUCCCCAUGCAUGGAGGCGUGUUUGGGUCAUCCCCAUGCAUGGAGGCGUGUUUGGGUCAUCCCCAUGCAUGGAGGCGUGUUUGGGUCAUCCCCAUGCAUGGAGGCGUGUUUGGGUCAUCCCCAUGCAUGGAGGCGUGUUUGGGUCAUCCACAUGCAUGGAGGCGUGUUUGGGUCAUCCACAUGCAUGGAGGCGUGUUUGGGUCAUCCCCAUGCAUGGAGGCGUGUUUGGGUCAUCCCCAUGCAUGGAGGCGUGUUUGGGUCAUCCACAUGCAUGGAGGCGUGUUUGGGUCAUCCACAUGCAUGGAGGCGUGUUUGGGUCAUCCACAUGCAUGGAGGCGUGUUUGGGUCAUCCCCAUGCAUGGAGGCGUGUUUGGGUCAUCCACAUGCAUGGAGGCGUGUUUGGGUCAUCCACAUGCAUGGAGGCGUGUUUGGGUCAUCCACAUGCAUGGAGGCGUGUUUGGGUCAUCCACAUGCAUGGAGGCGUGUUUGGGUCAUCCCCAUGCAUGGAGGCGUGUUUGGGUCAUCCACAUGCAUGGAGGCGUGUUUGGGUCAUCCCCAUGCAUGGAGGCGUGUUUGGGUCAUCCCCAUGCAUGGAGGCGUGUUUGGGUCAUCCACAUGCAUGGAGGCGUGUUUGGGUCAUCCACAUGCAUGGAGGCGUGUUUGGGUCAUCCCCAUGCAUGGAGGCGUGUUUGGGUCAUCCACAUGCAUGGAGGCGUGUUUGGGUCAUCCACAUGCAUGGAGGCGUGUUUGGGUCAUCCACAUGCAUGGAGGCGUGUUUGGGUCAUCCACAUGCAUGGAGGCGUGUUUGGGUCAUCCCCAUGCAUGGAGGCGUGUUUGGGUCAUCCACAUGCAUGGAGGCGUGUUUGGGUCAUCCACAUGCAUGGAGGCGUGUUUGGGUCAUCCACAUGCAUGGAGGCGUGUUUGGGUCAUCCACAUGCAUGGAGGCGUGUUUGGGUCAUCCACAUGCAUGGAGGCGUGUUUGGGUCAUCCACAUGCAUGGAGGCGUGUUUGGGUCAUCCACAUGCAUGGAGGCGUGUUUGGGUCAUCCACAUGCAUGGAGGCGUGUUUGGGUCAUCCACAUGCAUGGAGGCGUGUUUGGGUCAUCCACAUGCAUGGAGGCGUGUUUGGGUCAUCCCCAUGCAUGGAGGCGUGUUUGGGUCAUCCACAUGCAUGGAGGCGUGUUUGGGUCAUCCACAUGCAUGGAGGCGUGUUUGGGUCAUCCCCAUGCAUGGAGGCGUGUUUGGGUCAUCCCCAUGCAUGGAGGCGUGUUUGGGUCAUCCCCAUGCAUGGAGGCGUGUUUGGGUCAUCCACAUGCAUGGAGGCGUGUUUGGGUCAUCCACAUGCAUGGAGGCGUGUUUGGGUCAUCCACAUGCAUGGAGGCGUGUUUGGGUCAUCCCCAUGCAUGGAGGCGUGUUUGGGUCAUCCACAUGCAUGGAGGCGUGUUUGGGUCAUCCACAUGCAUGGAGGCGUGUUUGGGUCAUCCCCAUGCAUGGAGGCGUGUUUGGGUCAUCCCCAUGCAUGGAGGCGUGUUUGGGUCAUCCCCAUGCAUGGAGGCGUGUUUGGGUCAUCCACAUGCAUGGAGGCGUGUUUGGGUCAUCCACAUGCAUGGAGGCGUGUUUGGGUCAUCCACAUGCAUGGAGGCGUGUUUGGGUCAUCCACAUGCAUGGAGGCGUGUUUGGGUCAUCCACAUGCAUGGAGGCGUGUUUGGGUCAUCCACAUGCAUGGAGGCGUGUUUGGGUCAUCCACAUGCAUGGAGGCGUGUUUGGGUCAUCCACAUGCAUGGAGGCGUGUUUGGGUCAUCCACAUGCAUGGAGGCGUGUUUGGGUCAUCCACAUGCAUGGAGGCGUGUUUGGGUCAUCCCCAUGCAUGGAGGCGUGUUUGGGUCAUCCACAUGCAUGGAGGCGUGUUUGGGUCAUCCACAUGCAUGGAGGCGUGUUUGGGUCAUCCACAUGCAUGGAGGCGUGUUUGGGUCAUCCACAUGCAUGGAGGCGUGUUUGGGUCAUCCACAUGCAUGGAGGCGUGUUUGGGUCAUCCACAUGCAUGGAGGCGUGUUUGGGUCAUCCACAUGCAUGGAGGCGUGUUUGGGUCAUCCACAUGCAUGGAGGCGUGUUUGGGUCAUCCCCAUGCAUGGAGGCGUGUUUGGGUCAUCCACAUGCAUGGAGGCGUGUUUGGGUCAUCCACAUGCAUGGAGGCGUGUUUGGGUCAUCCACAUGCAUGGAGGCGUGUUUGGGUCAUCCCCAUGCAUGGAGGCGUGUUUGGGUCAUCCCCAUGCAUGGAGGCGUGUUUGGGUCAUCCACAUGCAUGGAGGCGUGUUUGGGUCAUCCACAUGCAUGGAGGCGUGUUUGGGUCAUCCACAUGCAUGGAGGCGUGUUUGGGUCAUCCACAUGCAUGGAGGCGUGUUUGGGUCAUCCACAUGCAUGGAGGCGUGUUUGGGUCAUCCACAUGCAUGGAGGCGUGUUUGGGUCAUCCACAUGCAUGGAGGCGUGUUUGGGUCAUCCACAUGCAUGGAGGCGUGUUUGGGUCAUCCACAUGCAUGGAGGCGUGUUUGGGUCAUCCACAUGCAUGGAGGCGUGUUUGGGUCAUCCACAUGCAUGGAGGCGUGUUUGGGUCAUCCACAUGCAUGGAGGCGUGUUUGGGUCAUCCACAUGCAUGGAGGCGUGUUUGGGUCAUCCACAUGCAUGGAGGCGUGUUUGGGUCAUCCACAUGCAUGGAGGCGUGUUUGGGUCAUCCCCAUGCAUGGAGGCGUGUUUGGGUCAUCCACAUGCAUGGAGGCGUGUUUGGGUCAUCCACAUGCAUGGAGGCGUGUUUGGGUCAUCCACAUGCAUGGAGGCGUGUUUGGGUCAUCCACAUGCAUGGAGGCGUGUUUGGGUCAUCCCCAUGCAUGGAGGCGUGUUUGGGUCAUCCACAUGCAUGGAGGCGUGUUUGGGUCAUCCACAUGCAUGGAGGCGUGUUUGGGUCAUCCACAUGCAUGGAGGCGUGUUUGGGUCAUCCACAUGCAUGGAGGCGUGUUUGGGUCAUCCACAUGCAUGGAGGCGUGUUUGGGUCAUCCACAUGCAUGGAGGCGUGUUUGGGUCAUCCACAUGCAUGGAGGCGUGUUUGGGUCAUCCACAUGCAUGGAGGCGUGUUUGGGUCAUCCACAUGCAUGGAGGCGUGUUUGGGUCAUCCACAUGCAUGGAGGCGUGUUUGGGUCAUCCACAUGCAUGGAGGCGUGUUUGGGUCAUCCACAUGCAUGGAGGCGUGUUUGGGUCAUCCACAUGCAUGGAGGCGUGUUUGGGUCAUCCCCAUGCAUGGAGGCGUGUUUGGGUCAUCCACAUGCAUGGAGGCGUGUUUGGGUCAUCCCCAUGCAUGGAGGCGUGUUUGGGUCAUCCACAUGCAUGGAGGCGUGUUUGGGUCAUCCACAUGCAUGGAGGCGUGUUUGGGUCAUCCACAUGCAUGGAGGCGUGUUUGGGUCAUCCACAUGCAUGGAGGCGUGUUUGGGUCAUCCACAUGCAUGGAGGCGUGUUUGGGUCAUCCACAUGCAUGGAGGCGUGUUUGGGUCAUCCACAUGCAUGGAGGCGUGUUUGGGUCAUCCACAUGCAUGGAGGCGUGUUUGGGUCAUCCACAUGCAUGGAGGCGUGUUUGGGUCAUCCCCAUGCAUGGAGGCGUGUUUGGGUCAUCCACAUGCAUGGAGGCGUGUUUGGGUCAUCCCCAUGCAUGGAGGCGUGUUUGGGUCAUCCACAUGCAUGGAGGCGUGUUUGGGUCAUCCCCAUGCAUGGAGGCGUGUUUGGGUCAUCCCCAUGCAUGGAGGCGUGUUUGGGUCAUCCACAUGCAUGGAGGCGUGUUUGGGUCAUCCACAUGCAUGGAGGCGUGUUUGGGUCAUCCCCAUGCAUGGAGGCGUGUUUGGGUCAUCCACAUGCAUGGAGGCGUGUUUGGGUCAUCCACAUGCAUGGAGGCGUGUUUGGGUCAUCCACAUGCAUGGAGGCGUGUUUGGGUCAUCCACAUGCAUGGAGGCGUGUUUGGGUCAUCCCCAUGCAUGGAGGCGUGUUUGGGUCAUCCACAUGCAUGGAGGCGUGUUUGGGUCAUCCACAUGCAUGGAGGCGUGUUUGGGUCAUCCACAUGCAUGGAGGCGUGUUUGGGUCAUCCACAUGCAUGGAGGCGUGUUUGGGUCAUCCACAUGCAUGGAGGCGUGUUUGGGUCAUCCACAUGCAUGGAGGCGUGUUUGGGUCAUCCACAUGCAUGGAGGCGUGUUUGGGUCAUCCACAUGCAUGGAGGCGUGUUUGGGUCAUCCACAUGCAUGGAGGCGUGUUUGGGUCAUCCACAUGCAUGGAGGCGUGUUUGGGUCAUCCCCAUGCAUGGAGGCGUGUUUGGGUCAUCCCCAUGCAUGGAGGCGUGUUUGGGUCAUCCCCAUGCAUGGAGGCGUGUUUGGGUCAUCCCCAUGCAUGGAGGCGUGUUUGGGUCAUCCCCAUGCAUGGAGGCGUGUUUGGGUCAUCCACAUGCAUGGAGGCGUGUUUGGGUCAUCCACAUGCAUGGAGGCGUGUUUGGGUCAUCCACAUGCAUGGAGGCGUGUUUGGGUCAUCCCCAUGCAUGGAGGCGUGUUUGGGUCAUCCACAUGCAUGGAGGCGUGUUUGGGUCAUCCACAUGCAUGGAGGCGUGUUUGGGUCAUCCACAUGCAUGGAGGCGUGUUUGGGUCAUCCACAUGCAUGGAGGCGUGUUUGGGUCAUCCACAUGCAUGGAGGCGUGUUUGGGUCAUCCACAUGCAUGGAGGCGUGUUUGGGUCAUCCACAUGCAUGGAGGCGUGUUUGGGUCAUCCCCAUGCAUGGAGGCGUGUUUGGGUCAUCCACAUGCAUGGAGGCGUGUUUGGGUCAUCCACAUGCAUGGAGGCGUGUUUGGGUCAUCCACAUGCAUGGAGGCGUGUUUGGGUCAUCCACAUGCAUGGAGGCGUGUUUGGGUCAUCCACAUGCAUGGAGGCGUGUUUGGGUCAUCCACAUGCAUGGAGGCGUGUUUGGGUCAUCCACAUGCAUGGAGGCGUGUUUGGGUCAUCCACAUGCAUGGAGGCGUGUUUGGGUCAUCCACAUGCAUGGAGGCGUGUUUGGGUCAUCCCCAUGCAUGGAGGCGUGUUUGGGUCAUCCACAUGCAUGGAGGCGUGUUUGGGUCAUCCCCAUGCAUGGAGGCGUGUUUGGGUCAUCCACAUGCAUGGAGGCGUGUUUGGGUCAUCCCCAUGCAUGGAGGCGUGUUUGGGUCAUCCACAUGCAUGGAGGCGUGUUUGGGUCAUCCACAUGCAUGGAGGCGUGUUUGGGUCAUCCACAUGCAUGGAGGCGUGUUUGGGUCAUCCACAUGCAUGGAGGCGUGUUUGGGUCAUCCCCAUGCAUGGAGGCGUGUUUGGGUCAUCCACAUGCAUGGAGGCGUGUUUGGGUCAUCCCCAUGCAUGGAGGCGUGUUUGGGUCAUCCACAUGCAUGGAGGCGUGUUUGGGUCAUCCACAUGCAUGGAGGCGUGUUUGGGUCAUCCACAUGCAUGGAGGCGUGUUUGGGUCAUCCACAUGCAUGGAGGCGUGUUUGGGUCAUCCACAUGCAUGGAGGCGUGUUUGGGUCAUCCCCAUGCAUGGAGGCGUGUUUGGGUCAUCCACAUGCAUGGAGGCGUGUUUGGGUCAUCCACAUGCAUGGAGGCGUGUUUGGGUCAUCCCCAUGCAUGGAGGCGUGUUUGGGUCAUCCACAUGCAUGGAGGCGUGUUUGGGUCAUCCACAUGCAUGGAGGCGUGUUUGGGUCAUCCACAUGCAUGGAGGCGUGUUUGGGUCAUCCACAUGCAUGGAGGCGUGUUUGGGUCAUCCACAUGCAUGGAGGCGUGUUUGGGUCAUCCACAUGCAUGGAGGCGUGUUUGGGUCAUCCACAUGCAUGGAGGCGUGUUUGGGUCAUCCACAUGCAUGGAGGCGUGUUUGGGUCAUCCCCAUGCAUGGAGGCGUGUUUGGGUCAUCCACAUGCAUGGAGGCGUGUUUGGGUCAUCCACAUGCAUGGAGGCGUGUUUGGGUCAUCCACAUGCAUGGAGGCGUGUUUGGGUCAUCCACAUGCAUGGAGGCGUGUUUGGGUCAUCCACAUGCAUGGAGGCGUGUUUGGGUCAUCCACAUGCAUGGAGGCGUGUUUGGGUCAUCCACAUGCAUGGAGGCGUGUUUGGGUCAUCCACAUGCAUGGAGGCGUGUUUGGGUCAUCCACAUGCAUGGAGGCGUGUUUGGGUCAUCCACAUGCAUGGAGGCGUGUUUGGGUCAUCCCCAUGCAUGGAGGCGUGUUUGGGUCAUCCACAUGCAUGGAGGCGUGUUUGGGUCAUCCCCAUGCAUGGAGGCGUGUUUGGGUCAUCCCCAUGCAUGGAGGCGUGUUUGGGUCAUCCCCAUGCAUGGAGGCGUGUUUGGGUCAUCCCCAUGCAUGGAGGCGUGUUUGGGUCAUCCACAUGCAUGGAGGCGUGUUUGGGUCAUCCACAUGCAUGGAGGCGUGUUUGGGUCAUCCCCAUGCAUGGAGGCGUGUUUGGGUCAUCCACAUGCAUGGAGGCGUGUUUGGGUCAUCCACAUGCAUGGAGGCGUGUUUGGGUCAUCCACAUGCAUGGAGGCGUGUUUGGGUCAUCCACAUGCAUGGAGGCGUGUUUGGGUCAUCCACAUGCAUGGAGGCGUGUUUGGGUCAUCCACAUGCAUGGAGGCGUGUUUGGGUCAUCCCCAUGCAUGGAGGCGUGUUUGGGUCAUCCCCAUGCAUGGAGGCGUGUUUGGGUCAUCCACAUGCAUGGAGGCGUGUUUGGGUCAUCCACAUGCAUGGAGGCGUGUUUGGGUCAUCCACAUGCAUGGAGGCGUGUUUGGGUCAUCCACAUGCAUGGAGGCGUGUUUGGGUCAUCCACAUGCAUGGAGGCGUGUUUGGGUCAUCCACAUGCAUGGAGGCGUGUUUGGGUCAUCCACAUGCAUGGAGGCGUGUUUGGGUCAUCCACAUGCAUGGAGGCGUGUUUGGGUCAUCCACAUGCAUGGAGGCGUGUUUGGGUCAUCCCCAUGCAUGGAGGCGUGUUUGGGUCAUCCACAUGCAUGGAGGCGUGUUUGGGUCAUCCACAUGCAUGGAGGCGUGUUUGGGUCAUCCACAUGCAUGGAGGCGUGUUUGGGUCAUCCCCAUGCAUGGAGGCGUGUUUGGGUCAUCCACAUGCAUGGAGGCGUGUUUGGGUCAUCCACAUGCAUGGAGGCGUGUUUGGGUCAUCCACAUGCAUGGAGGCGUGUUUGGGUCAUCCACAUGCAUGGAGGCGUGUUUGGGUCAUCCACAUGCAUGGAGGCGUGUUUGGGUCAUCCACAUGCAUGGAGGCGUGUUUGGGUCAUCCCCAUGCAUGGAGGCGUGUUUGGGUCAUCCACAUGCAUGGAGGCGUGUUUGGGUCAUCCACAUGCAUGGAGGCGUGUUUGGGUCAUCCCCAUGCAUGGAGGCGUGUUUGGGUCAUCCACAUGCAUGGAGGCGUGUUUGGGUCAUCCACAUGCAUGGAGGCGUGUUUGGGUCAUCCCCAUGCAUGGAGGCGUGUUUGGGUCAUCCACAUGCAUGGAGGCGUGUUUGGGUCAUCCACAUGCAUGGAGGCGUGUUUGGGUCAUCCCCAUGCAUGGAGGCGUGUUUGGGUCAUCCACAUGCAUGGAGGCGUGUUUGGGUCAUCCACAUGCAUGGAGGCGUGUUUGGGUCAUCCACAUGCAUGGAGGCGUGUUUGGGUCAUCCACAUGCAUGGAGGCGUGUUUGGGUCAUCCCCAUGCAUGGAGGCGUGUUUGGGUCAUCCACAUGCAUGGAGGCGUGUUUGGGUCAUCCACAUGCAUGGAGGCGUGUUUGGGUCAUCCACAUGCAUGGAGGCGUGUUUGGGUCAUCCACAUGCAUGGAGGCGUGUUUGGGUCAUCCACAUGCAUGGAGGCGUGUUUGGGUCAUCCACAUGCAUGGAGGCGUGUUUGGGUCAUCCACAUGCAUGGAGGCGUGUUUGGGUCAUCCACAUGCAUGGAGGCGUGUUUGGGUCAUCCACAUGCAUGGAGGCGUGUUUGGGUCAUCCACAUGCAUGGAGGCGUGUUUGGGUCAUCCCCAUGCAUGGAGGCGUGUUUGGGUCAUCCCCAUGCAUGGAGGCGUGUUUGGGUCAUCCACAUGCAUGGAGGCGUGUUUGGGUCAUCCACAUGCAUGGAGGCGUGUUUGGGUCAUCCACAUGCAUGGAGGCGUGUUUGGGUCAUCCCCAUGCAUGGAGGCGUGUUUGGGUCAUCCACAUGCAUGGAGGCGUGUUUGGGUCAUCCACAUGCAUGGAGGCGUGUUUGGGUCAUCCACAUGCAUGGAGGCGUGUUUGGGUCAUCCCCAUGCAUGGAGGCGUGUUUGGGUCAUCCCCAUGCAUGGAGGCGUGUUUGGGUCAUCCACAUGCAUGGAGGCGUGUUUGGGUCAUCCACAUGCAUGGAGGCGUGUUUGGGUCAUCCACAUGCAUGGAGGCGUGUUUGGGUCAUCCACAUGCAUGGAGGCGUGUUUGGGUCAUCCACAUGCAUGGAGGCGUGUUUGGGUCAUCCACAUGCAUGGAGGCGUGUUUGGGUCAUCCACAUGCAUGGAGGCGUGUUUGGGUCAUCCACAUGCAUGGAGGCGUGUUUGGGUCAUCCCCAUGCAUGGAGGCGUGUUUGGGUCAUCCCCAUGCAUGGAGGCGUGUUUGGGUCAUCCACAUGCAUGGAGGCGUGUUUGGGUCAUCCCCAUGCAUGGAGGCGUGUUUGGGUCAUCCACAUGCAUGGAGGCGUGUUUGGGUCAUCCCCAUGCAUGGAGGCGUGUUUGGGUCAUCCACAUGCAUGGAGGCGUGUUUGGGUCAUCCACAUGCAUGGAGGCGUGUUUGGGUCAUCCACAUGCAUGGAGGCGUGUUUGGGUCAUCCACAUGCAUGGAGGCGUGUUUGGGUCAUCCACAUGCAUGGAGGCGUGUUUGGGUCAUCCCCAUGCAUGGAGGCGUGUUUGGGUCAUCCACAUGCAUGGAGGCGUGUUUGGGUCAUCCACAUGCAUGGAGGCGUGUUUGGGUCAUCCCCAUGCAUGGAGGCGUGUUUGGGUCAUCCACAUGCAUGGAGGCGUGUUUGGGUCAUCCACAUGCAUGGAGGCGUGUUUGGGUCAUCCACAUGCAUGGAGGCGUGUUUGGGUCAUCCACAUGCAUGGAGGCGUGUUUGGGUCAUCCCCAUGCAUGGAGGCGUGUUUGGGUCAUCCACAUGCAUGGAGGCGUGUUUGGGUCAUCCCCAUGCAUGGAGGCGUGUUUGGGUCAUCCACAUGCAUGGAGGCGUGUUUGGGUCAUCCACAUGCAUGGAGGCGUGUUUGGGUCAUCCCCAUGCAUGGAGGCGUGUUUGGGUCAUCCACAUGCAUGGAGGCGUGUUUGGGUCAUCCCCAUGCAUGGAGGCGUGUUUGGGUCAUCCACAUGCAUGGAGGCGUGUUUGGGUCAUCCCCAUGCAUGGAGGCGUGUUUGGGUCAUCCCCAUGCAUGGAGGCGUGUUUGGGUCAUCCACAUGCAUGGAGGCGUGUUUGGGUCAUCCACAUGCAUGGAGGCGUGUUUGGGUCAUCCACAUGCAUGGAGGCGUGUUUGGGUCAUCCACAUGCAUGGAGGCGUGUUUGGGUCAUCCACAUGCAUGGAGGCGUGUUUGGGUCAUCCACAUGCAUGGAGGCGUGUUUGGGUCAUCCACAUGCAUGGAGGCGUGUUUGGGUCAUCCACAUGCAUGGAGGCGUGUUUGGGUCAUCCACAUGCAUGGAGGCGUGUUUGGGUCAUCCCCAUGCAUGGAGGCGUGUUUGGGUCAUCCACAUGCAUGGAGGCGUGUUUGGGUCAUCCACAUGCAUGGAGGCGUGUUUGGGUCAUCCCCAUGCAUGGAGGCGUGUUUGGGUCAUCCACAUGCAUGGAGGCGUGUUUGGGUCAUCCCCAUGCAUGGAGGCGUGUUUGGGUCAUCCACAUGCAUGGAGGCGUGUUUGGGUCAUCCACAUGCAUGGAGGCGUGUUUGGGUCAUCCCCAUGCAUGGAGGCGUGUUUGGGUCAUCCCCAUGCAUGGAGGCGUGUUUGGGUCAUCCCCAUGCAUGGAGGCGUGUUUGGGUCAUCCACAUGCAUGGAGGCGUGUUUGGGUCAUCCCCAUGCAUGGAGGCGUGUUUGGGUCAUCCCCAUGCAUGGAGGCGUGUUUGGGUCAUCCACAUGCAUGGAGGCGUGUUUGGGUCAUCCACAUGCAUGGAGGCGUGUUUGGGUCAUCCCCAUGCAUGGAGGCGUGUUUGGGUCAUCCACAUGCAUGGAGGCGUGUUUGGGUCAUCCCCAUGCAUGGAGGCGUGUUUGGGUCAUCCACAUGCAUGGAGGCGUGUUUGGGUCAUCCCCAUGCAUGGAGGCGUGUUUGGGUCAUCCACAUGCAUGGAGGCGUGUUUGGGUCAUCCCCAUGCAUGGAGGCGUGUUUGGGUCAUCCACAUGCAUGGAGGCGUGUUUGGGUCAUCCCCAUGCAUGGAGGCGUGUUUGGGUCAUCCACAUGCAUGGAGGCGUGUUUGGGUCAUCCACAUGCAUGGAGGCGUGUUUGGGUCAUCCACAUGCAUGGAGGCGUGUUUGGGUCAUCCCCAUGCAUGGAGGCGUGUUUGGGUCAUCCACAUGCAUGGAGGCGUGUUUGGGUCAUCCACAUGCAUGGAGGCGUGUUUGGGUCAUCCACAUGCAUGGAGGCGUGUUUGGGUCAUCCCCAUGCAUGGAGGCGUGUUUGGGUCAUCCACAUGCAUGGAGGCGUGUUUGGGUCAUCCACAUGCAUGGAGGCGUGUUUGGGUCAUCCACAUGCAUGGAGGCGUGUUUGGGUCAUCCACAUGCAUGGAGGCGUGUUUGGGUCAUCCCCAUGCAUGGAGGCGUGUUUGGGUCAUCCCCAUGCAUGGAGGCGUGUUUGGGUCAUCCACAUGCAUGGAGGCGUGUUUGGGUCAUCCACAUGCAUGGAGGCGUGUUUGGGUCAUCCCCAUGCAUGGAGGCGUGUUUGGGUCAUCCACAUGCAUGGAGGCGUGUUUGGGUCAUCCCCAUGCAUGGAGGCGUGUUUGGGUCAUCCCCAUGCAUGGAGGCGUGUUUGGGUCAUCCACAUGCAUGGAGGCGUGUUUGGGUCAUCCACAUGCAUGGAGGCGUGUUUGGGUCAUCCACAUGCAUGGAGGCGUGUUUGGGUCAUCCACAUGCAUGGAGGCGUGUUUGGGUCAUCCACAUGCAUGGAGGCGUGUUUGGGUCAUCCACAUGCAUGGAGGCGUGUUUGGGUCAUCCACAUGCAUGGAGGCGUGUUUGGGUCAUCCACAUGCAUGGAGGCGUGUUUGGGUCAUCCACAUGCAUGGAGGCGUGUUUGGGUCAUCCACAUGCAUGGAGGCGUGUUUGGGUCAUCCACAUGCAUGGAGGCGUGUUUGGGUCAUCCACAUGCAUGGAGGCGUGUUUGGGUCAUCCCCAUGCAUGGAGGCGUGUUUGGGUCAUCCACAUGCAUGGAGGCGUGUUUGGGUCAUCCACAUGCAUGGAGGCGUGUUUGGGUCAUCCCCAUGCAUGGAGGCGUGUUUGGGUCAUCCACAUGCAUGGAGGCGUGUUUGGGUCAUCCACAUGCAUGGAGGCGUGUUUGGGUCAUCCACAUGCAUGGAGGCGUGUUUGGGUCAUCCACAUGCAUGGAGGCGUGUUUGGGUCAUCCACAUGCAUGGAGGCGUGUUUGGGUCAUCCCCAUGCAUGGAGGCGUGUUUGGGUCAUCCCCAUGCAUGGAGGCGUGUUUGGGUCAUCCACAUGCAUGGAGGCGUGUUUGGGUCAUCCCCAUGCAUGGAGGCGUGUUUGGGUCAUCCCCAUGCAUGGAGGCGUGUUUGGGUCAUCCACAUGCAUGGAGGCGUGUUUGGGUCAUCCCCAUGCAUGGAGGCGUGUUUGGGUCAUCCCCAUGCAUGGAGGCGUGUUUGGGUCAUCCACAUGCAUGGAGGCGUGUUUGGGUCAUCCCCAUGCAUGGAGGCGUGUUUGGGUCAUCCCCAUGCAUGGAGGCGUGUUUGGGUCAUCCCCAUGCAUGGAGGCGUGUUUGGGUCAUCCCCAUGCAUGGAGGCGUGUUUGGGUCAUCCACAUGCAUGGAGGCGUGUUUGGGUCAUCCCCAUGCAUGGAGGCGUGUUUGGGUCAUCCACAUGCAUGGAGGCGUGUUUGGGUCAUCCACAUGCAUGGAGGCGUGUUUGGGUCAUCCCCAUGCAUGGAGGCGUGUUUGGGUCAUCCACAUGCAUGGAGGCGUGUUUGGGUCAUCCACAUGCAUGGAGGCGUGUUUGGGUCAUCCACAUGCAUGGAGGCGUGUUUGGGUCAUCCACAUGCAUGGAGGCGUGUUUGGGUCAUCCACAUGCAUGGAGGCGUGUUUGGGUCAUCCCCAUGCAUGGAGGCGUGUUUGGGUCAUCCCCAUGCAUGGAGGCGUGUUUGGGUCAUCCACAUGCAUGGAGGCGUGUUUGGGUCAUCCACAUGCAUGGAGGCGUGUUUGGGUCAUCCACAUGCAUGGAGGCGUGUUUGGGUCAUCCACAUGCAUGGAGGCGUGUUUGGGUCAUCCACAUGCAUGGAGGCGUGUUUGGGUCAUCCACAUGCAUGGAGGCGUGUUUGGGUCAUCCCCAUGCAUGGAGGCGUGUUUGGGCGUGUUUGGGUCAUCCACAUGCAUGGAGGCGUGUUUGGGUCAUCCACAUGCAUGGAGGCGUGUUUGGGUCAUCCACAUGCAUGGAGGCGUGUUUGGGUCAUCCACAUGCAUGGAGGCGUGUUUGGGUCAUCCACAUGCAUGGAGGCGUGUUUGGGUCAUCCACAUGCAUGGAGGCGUGUUUGGGUCAUCCACAUGCAUGGAGGCGUGUUUGGGUCAUCCCCAUGCAUGGAGGCGUGUUUGGGUCAUCCACAUGCAUGGAGGCGUGUUUGGGUCAUCCCCAUGCAUGGAGGCGUGUUUGGGUCAUCCACAUGCAUGGAGGCGUGUUUGGGUCAUCCACAUGCAUGGAGGCGUGUUUGGGUCAUCCCCAUGCAUGGAGGCGUGUUUGGGUCAUCCACAUGCAUGGAGGCGUGUUUGGGUCAUCCACAUGCAUGGAGGCGUGUUUGGGUCAUCCACAUGCAUGGAGGCGUGUUUGGGUCAUCCACAUGCAUGGAGGCGUGUUUGGGUCAUCCACAUGCAUGGAGGCGUGUUUGGGUCAUCCACAUGCAUGGAGGCGUGUUUGGGUCAUCCACAUGCAUGGAGGCGUGUUUGGGUCAUCCACAUGCAUGGAGGCGUGUUUGGGUCAUCCACAUGCAUGGAGGCGUGUUUGGGUCAUCCCCAUGCAUGGAGGCGUGUUUGGGUCAUCCACAUGCAUGGAGGCGUGUUUGGGUCAUCCACAUGCAUGGAGGCGUGUUUGGGUCAUCCACAUGCAUGGAGGCGUGUUUGGGUCAUCCACAUGCAUGGAGGCGUGUUUGGGUCAUCCACAUGCAUGGAGGCGUGUUUGGGUCAUCCACAUGCAUGGAGGCGUGUUUGGGUCAUCCACAUGCAUGGAGGCGUGUUUGGGUCAUCCACAUGCAUGGAGGCGUGUUUGGGUCAUCCACAUGCAUGGAGGCGUGUUUGGGUCAUCCACAUGCAUGGAGGCGUGUUUGGGUCAUCCACAUGCAUGGAGGCGUGUUUGGGUCAUCCACAUGCAUGGAGGCGUGUUUGGGUCAUCCCCAUGCAUGGAGGCGUGUUUGGGUCAUCCACAUGCAUGGAGGCGUGUUUGGGUCAUCCCCAUGCAUGGAGGCGUGUUUGGGUCAUCCCCAUGCAUGGAGGCGUGUUUGGGUCAUCCCCAUGCAUGGAGGCGUGUUUGGGUCAUCCACAUGCAUGGAGGCGUGUUUGGGUCAUCCCCAUGCAUGGAGGCGUGUUUGGGUCAUCCACAUGCAUGGAGGCGUGUUUGGGUCAUCCCCAUGCAUGGAGGCGUGUUUGGGUCAUCCCCAUGCAUGGAGGCGUGUUUGGGUCAUCCCCAUGCAUGGAGGCGUGUUUGGGUCAUCCCCAUGCAUGGAGGCGUGUUUGGGUCAUCCACAUGCAUGGAGGCGUGUUUGGGUCAUCCACAUGCAUGGAGGCGUGUUUGGGUCAUCCACAUGCAUGGAGGCGUGUUUGGGUCAUCCACAUGCAUGGAGGCGUGUUUGGGUCAUCCACAUGCAUGGAGGCGUGUUUGGGUCAUCCACAUGCAUGGAGGCGUGUUUGGGUCAUCCACAUGCAUGGAGGCGUGUUUGGGUCAUCCACAUGCAUGGAGGCGUGUUUGGGUCAUCCCCAUGCAUGGAGGCGUGUUUGGGUCAUCCACAUGCAUGGAGGCGUGUUUGGGUCAUCCCCAUGCAUGGAGGCGUGUUUGGGUCAUCCCCAUGCAUGGAGGCGUGUUUGGGUCAUCCACAUGCAUGGAGGCGUGUUUGGGUCAUCCCCAUGCAUGGAGGCGUGUUUGGGUCAUCCACAUGCAUGGAGGCGUGUUUGGGUCAUCCACAUGCAUGGAGGCGUGUUUGGGUCAUCCCCAUGCAUGGAGGCGUGUUUGGGUCAUCCACAUGCAUGGAGGCGUGUUUGGGUCAUCCACAUGCAUGGAGGCGUGUUUGGGUCAUCCACAUGCAUGGAGGCGUGUUUGGGUCAUCCACAUGCAUGGAGGCGUGUUUGGGUCAUCCACAUGCAUGGAGGCGUGUUUGGGUCAUCCACAUGCAUGGAGGCGUGUUUGGGUCAUCCCCAUGCAUGGAGGCGUGUUUGGGUCAUCCACAUGCAUGGAGGCGUGUUUGGGUCAUCCCCAUGCAUGGAGGCGUGUUUGGGUCAUCCCCAUGCAUGGAGGCGUGUUUGGGUCAUCCACAUGCAUGGAGGCGUGUUUGGGUCAUCCACAUGCAUGGAGGCGUGUUUGGGUCAUCCACAUGCAUGGAGGCGUGUUUGGGUCAUCCCCAUGCAUGGAGGCGUGUUUGGGUCAUCCCCAUGCAUGGAGGCGUGUUUGGGUCAUCCCCAUGCAUGGAGGCGUGUUUGGGUCAUCCACAUGCAUGGAGGCGUGUUUGGGUCAUCCACAUGCAUGGAGGCGUGUUUGGGUCAUCCACAUGCAUGGAGGCGUGUUUGGGUCAUCCACAUGCAUGGAGGCGUGUUUGGGUCAUCCACAUGCAUGGAGGCGUGUUUGGGUCAUCCACAUGCAUGGAGGCGUGUUUGGGUCAUCCACAUGCAUGGAGGCGUGUUUGGGUCAUCCACAUGCAUGGAGGCGUGUUUGGGUCAUCCACAUGCAUGGAGGCGUGUUUGGGUCAUCCACAUGCAUGGAGGCGUGUUUGGGUCAUCCACAUGCAUGGAGGCGUGUUUGGGUCAUCCACAUGCAUGGAGGCGUGUUUGGGUCAUCCACAUGCAUGGAGGCGUGUUUGGGUCAUCCACAUGCAUGGAGGCGUGUUUGGGUCAUCCACAUGCAUGGAGGCGUGUUUGGGUCAUCCACAUGCAUGGAGGCGUGUUUGGGUCAUCCCCAUGCAUGGAGGCGUGUUUGGGUCAUCCACAUGCAUGGAGGCGUGUUUGGGUCAUCCCCAUGCAUGGAGGCGUGUUUGGGUCAUCCCCAUGCAUGGAGGCGUGUUUGGGUCAUCCACAUGCAUGGAGGCGUGUUUGGGUCAUCCCCAUGCAUGGAGGCGUGUUUGGGUCAUCCACAUGCAUGGAGGCGUGUUUGGGUCAUCCCCAUGCAUGGAGGCGUGUUUGGGUCAUCCCCAUGCAUGGAGGCGUGUUUGGGUCAUCCACAUGCAUGGAGGCGUGUUUGGGUCAUCCACAUGCAUGGAGGCGUGUUUGGGUCAUCCACAUGCAUGGAGGCGUGUUUGGGUCAUCCACAUGCAUGGAGGCGUGUUUGGGUCAUCCCCAUGCAUGGAGGCGUGUUUGGGUCAUCCCCAUGCAUGGAGGCGUGUUUGGGUCAUCCACAUGCAUGGAGGCGUGUUUGGGUCAUCCACAUGCAUGGAGGCGUGUUUGGGUCAUCCACAUGCAUGGAGGCGUGUUUGGGUCAUCCCCAUGCAUGGAGGCGUGUUUGGGUCAUCCCCAUGCAUGGAGGCGUGUUUGGGUCAUCCCCAUGCAUGGAGGCGUGUUUGGGUCAUCCACAUGCAUGGAGGCGUGUUUGGGUCAUCCACAUGCAUGGAGGCGUGUUUGGGUCAUCCACAUGCAUGGAGGCGUGUUUGGGUCAUCCCCAUGCAUGGAGGCGUGUUUGGGUCAUCCACAUGCAUGGAGGCGUGUUUGGGUCAUCCACAUGCAUGGAGGCGUGUUUGGGUCAUCCCCAUGCAUGGAGGCGUGUUUGGGUCAUCCACAUGCAUGGAGGCGUGUUUGGGUCAUCCACAUGCAUGGAGGCGUGUUUGGGUCAUCCACAUGCAUGGAGGCGUGUUUGGGUCAUCCACAUGCAUGGAGGCGUGUUUGGGUCAUCCCCAUGCAUGGAGGCGUGUUUGGGUCAUCCACAUGCAUGGAGGCGUGUUUGGGUCAUCCACAUGCAUGGAGGCGUGUUUGGGUCAUCCACAUGCAUGGAGGCGUGUUUGGGUCAUCCACAUGCAUGGAGGCGUGUUUGGGUCAUCCACAUGCAUGGAGGCGUGUUUGGGUCAUCCACAUGCAUGGAGGCGUGUUUGGGUCAUCCACAUGCAUGGAGGCGUGUUUGGGUCAUCCACAUGCAUGGAGGCGUGUUUGGGUCAUCCCCAUGCAUGGAGGCGUGUUUGGGUCAUCCACAUGCAUGGAGGCGUGUUUGGGUCAUCCACAUGCAUGGAGGCGUGUUUGGGUCAUCCACAUGCAUGGAGGCGUGUUUGGGUCAUCCACAUGCAUGGAGGCGUGUUUGGGUCAUCCACAUGCAUGGAGGCGUGUUUGGGUCAUCCACAUGCAUGGAGGCGUGUUUGGGUCAUCCACAUGCAUGGAGGCGUGUUUGGGUCAUCCACAUGCAUGGAGGCGUGUUUGGGUCAUCCACAUGCAUGGAGGCGUGUUUGGGUCAUCCACAUGCAUGGAGGCGUGUUUGGGUCAUCCACAUGCAUGGAGGCGUGUUUGGGUCAUCCACAUGCAUGGAGGCGUGUUUGGGUCAUCCACAUGCAUGGAGGCGUGUUUGGGUCAUCCACAUGCAUGGAGGCGUGUUUGGGUCAUCCACAUGCAUGGAGGCGUGUUUGGGUCAUCCACAUGCAUGGAGGCGUGUUUGGGUCAUCCACAUGCAUGGAGGCGUGUUUGGGUCAUCCACAUGCAUGGAGGCGUGUUUGGGUCAUCCACAUGCAUGGAGGCGUGUUUGGGUCAUCCACAUGCAUGGAGGCGUGUUUGGGUCAUCCACAUGCAUGGAGGCGUGUUUGGGUCAUCCACAUGCAUGGAGGCGUGUUUGGGUCAUCCACAUGCAUGGAGGCGUGUUUGGGUCAUCCACAUGCAUGGAGGCGUGUUUGGGUCAUCCACAUGCAUGGAGGCGUGUUUGGGUCAUCCACAUGCAUGGAGGCGUGUUUGGGUCAUCCACAUGCAUGGAGGCGUGUUUGGGUCAUCCACAUGCAUGGAGGCGUGUUUGGGUCAUCCACAUGCAUGGAGGCGUGUUUGGGUCAUCCCCAUGCAUGGAGGCGUGUUUGGGUCAUCCACAUGCAUGGAGGCGUGUUUGGGUCAUCCACAUGCAUGGAGGCGUGUUUGGGUCAUCCACAUGCAUGGAGGCGUGUUUGGGUCAUCCACAUGCAUGGAGGCGUGUUUGGGUCAUCCACAUGCAUGGAGGCGUGUUUGGGUCAUCCCCAUGCAUGGAGGCGUGUUUGGGUCAUCCACAUGCAUGGAGGCGUGUUUGGGUCAUCCACAUGCAUGGAGGCGUGUUUGGGUCAUCCACAUGCAUGGAGGCGUGUUUGGGUCAUCCACAUGCAUGGAGGCGUGUUUGGGUCAUCCACAUGCAUGGAGGCGUGUUUGGGUCAUCCACAUGCAUGGAGGCGUGUUUGGGUCAUCCACAUGCAUGGAGGCGUGUUUGGGUCAUCCACAUGCAUGGAGGCGUGUUUGGGUCAUCCACAUGCAUGGAGGCGUGUUUGGGUCAUCCACAUGCAUGGAGGCGUGUUUGGGUCAUCCACAUGCAUGGAGGCGUGUUUGGGUCAUCCACAUGCAUGGAGGCGUGUUUGGGUCAUCCACAUGCAUGGAGGCGUGUUUGGGUCAUCCACAUGCAUGGAGGCGUGUUUGGGUCAUCCACAUGCAUGGAGGCGUGUUUGGGUCAUCCACAUGCAUGGAGGCGUGUUUGGGUCAUCCACAUGCAUGGAGGCGUGUUUGGGUCAUCCACAUGCAUGGAGGCGUGUUUGGGUCAUCCACAUGCAUGGAGGCGUGUUUGGGUCAUCCACAUGCAUGGAGGCGUGUUUGGGUCAUCCACAUGCAUGGAGGCGUGUUUGGGUCAUCCACAUGCAUGGAGGCGUGUUUGGGUCAUCCACAUGCAUGGAGGCGUGUUUGGGUCAUCCACAUGCAUGGAGGCGUGUUUGGGUCAUCCACAUGCAUGGAGGCGUGUUUGGGUCAUCCACAUGCAUGGAGGCGUGUUUGGGUCAUCCACAUGCAUGGAGGCGUGUUUGGGUCAUCCACAUGCAUGGAGGCGUGUUUGGGUCAUCCACAUGCAUGGAGGCGUGUUUGGGUCAUCCACAUGCAUGGAGGCGUGUUUGGGUCAUCCACAUGCAUGGAGGCGUGUUUGGGUCAUCCACAUGCAUGGAGGCGUGUUUGGGUCAUCCACAUGCAUGGAGGCGUGUUUGGGUCAUCCACAUGCAUGGAGGCGUGUUUGGGUCAUCCACAUGCAUGGAGGCGUGUUUGGGUCAUCCACAUGCAUGGAGGCGUGUUUGGGUCAUCCACAUGCAUGGAGGCGUGUUGGGUCAUCCACAUUGGAGGAUGGGUGGGUCAUCCACAUGCAUGGAGGCGUGUUUGGGUCAUCCAUCAUGGAGGCGCAUCCACAUGCAUGGAGGCGUGUUUGGGUCAUCCCCAUGCAUGGAGGCGUGUUUGGGUCAUCCACAUGCAUGGAGGCGUGUUUGGGUCAUCCCCAUGCAUGGAGGCGUGUUUGGGUCAUCCACAUGCAUGGAGGCGUGUUUGGGUCAUCCACAUGCAUGGAGGCGUGUUUGGGUCAUCCACAUGCAUGGAGGCGUGUUUGGGUCAUCCACAUGCAUGGAGGCGUGUUUGGGUCAUCCACAUGCAUGGAGGCGUGUUUGGGUCAUCCACAUGCAUGGAGGCGUGUUUGGGUCAUCCACAUGCAUGGAGGCGUGUUUGGGUCAUCCACAUGCAUGGAGGCGUGUUUGGGUCAUCCACAUGCAUGGAGGCGUGUUUGGGUCAUCCACAUGCAUGGAGGCGUGUUUGGGUCAUCCACAUGCAUGGAGGCGUGUUUGGGUCAUCCCCAUGCAUGGAGGCGUGUUUGGGUCAUCCACAUGCAUGGAGGCGUGUUUGGGUCAUCCCCAUGCAUGGAGGCGUGUUUGGGUCAUCCACAUGCAUGGAGGCGUGUUUGGGUCAUCCACAUGCAUGGAGGCGUGUUUGGGUCAUCCCCAUGCAUGGAGGCGUGUUUGGGUCAUCCACAUGCAUGGAGGCGUGUUUGGGUCAUCCACAUGCAUGGAGGCGUGUUUGGGUCAUCCACAUGCAUGGAGGCGUGUUUGGGUCAUCCACAUGCAUGGAGGCGUGUUUGGGUCAUCCACAUGCAUGGAGGCGUGUUUGGGUCAUCCACAUGCAUGGAGGCGUGUUUGGGUCAUCCCCAUGCAUGGAGGCGUGUUUGGGUCAUCCCCAUGCAUGGAGGCGUGUUUGGGUCAUCCCCAUGCAUGGAGGCGUGUUUGGGUCAUCCCCAUGCAUGGAGGCGUGUUUGGGUCAUCCCCAUGCAUGGAGGCGUGUUUGGGUCAUCCCCAUGCAUGGAGGCGUGUUUGGGUCAUCCCCAUGCAUGGAGGCGUGUUUGGGUCAUCCCCAUGCAUGGAGGCGUGUUUGGGUCAUCCACAUGCAUGGAGGCGUGUUUGGGUCAUCCACAUGCAUGGAGGCGUGUUUGGGUCAUCCACAUGCAUGGAGGCGUGUUUGGGUCAUCCACAUGCAUGGAGGCGUGUUUGGGUCAUCCACAUGCAUGGAGGCGUGUUUGGGUCAUCCCCAUGCAUGGAGGCGUGUUUGGGUCAUCCACAUGCAUGGAGGCGUGUUUGGGUCAUCCACAUGCAUGGAGGCGUGUUUGGGUCAUCCACAUGCAUGGAGGCGUGUUUGGGUCAUCCACAUGCAUGGAGGCGUGUUUGGGUCAUCCACAUGCAUGGAGGCGUGUUUGGGUCAUCCCCAUGCAUGGAGGCGGGUGUUUGUUGGGGUCAUCCACAUGCAUGGAGGCGUGUUUGGGUCAUCCACAUGCAUGGAGGCGUGUUUGGGUCAUCCACAUGCAUGGAGGCGUGUUUGGGUCAUCCACAUGCAUGGAGGCGUGUUUGGGUCAUCCACAUGCAUGGAGGCGUGUUUGGGUCAUCCACAUGCAUGGAGGCGUGUUUGGGUCAUCCACAUGCAUGGAGGCGUGUUUGGGUCAUCCACAUGCAUGGAGGCGUGUUUGGGUCAUCCACAUGCAUGGAGGCGUGUUUGGGUCAUCCACAUGCAUGGAGGCGUGUUUGGGUCAUCCACAUGCAUGGAGGCGUGUUUGGGUCAUCCACAUGCAUGGAGGCGUGUUUGGGUCAUCCACAUGCAUGGAGGCGUGUUUGGGUCAUCCACAUGCAUGGAGGCGUGUUUGGGUCAUCCACAUGCAUGGAGGCGUGUUUGGGUCAUCCACAUGCAUGGAGGCGUGUUUGGGUCAUCCACAUGCAUGGAGGCGUGUUUGGGUCAUCCACAUGCAUGGAGGCGUGUUUGGGUCAUCCACAUGCAUGGAGGCGUGUUUGGGUCAUCCACAUGCAUGGAGGCGUGUUUGGGUCAUCCACAUGCAUGGAGGCGUGUUUGGGUCAUCCACAUGCAUGGAGGCGUGUUUGGGUCAUCCACAUGCAUGGAGGCGUGUUUGGGUCAUCCACAUGCAUGGAGGCGUGUUUGGGUCAUCCACAUGCAUGGAGGCGUGUUUGGGUCAUCCACAUGCAUGGAGGCGUGUUUGGGUCAUCCACAUGCAUGGAGGCGUGUUUGGGUCAUCCACAUGCAUGGAGGCGUGUUUGGGUCAUCCCCAUGCAUGGAGGCGUGUUUGGGUCAUCCACAUGCAUGGAGGCGUGUUUGGGUCAUCCACAUGCAUGGAGGCGUGUUUGGGUCAUCCACAUGCAUGGAGGCGUGUUUGGGUCAUCCACAUGCAUGGAGGCGUGUUUGGGUCAUCCACAUGCAUGGAGGCGUGUUUGGGUCAUCCACAUGCAUGGAGGCGUGUUUGGGUCAUCCACAUGCAUGGAGGCGUGUUUGGGUCAUCCACAUGCAUGGAGGCGUGUUUGGGUCAUCCACAUGCAUGGAGGCGUGUUUGGGUCAUCCACAUGCAUGGAGGCGUGUUUGGGUCAUCCCCAUGCAUGGAGGCGUGUUUGGGUCAUCCCCAUGCAUGGAGGCGUGUUUGGGUCAUCCACAUGCAUGGAGGCGUGUUUUGGGUUCAUCCACAUGCAUGGAGGCGUGUUUGGGUCAUCCACAUGCAUGGAGGCGUGUUUGGGUCAUCCACAUGCAUGGAGGCGUGUUUGGGUCAUCCACAUGCAUGGAGGCGUUUUGGGUGGGUCAUCCACAUGCAUGGAGGCGUGUUUGGGUCAUCCACAUGCAUGGAGGCGUGUUUGGGUCAUCCACAUGCAUGGAGGCGUGUUUGGGUCAUCCACAUGCAUGGAGGCGUGUUUGGGUCAUCCACAUGCAUGGAGGCGUGUUUGGGUCAUCCACAUGCAUGGAGGCGUGUUUGGGUCAUCCACAUGCAUGGAGGCGUGUUUGGGUCAUCCACAUGCAUGGAGGCGUGUUUGGGUCAUCCCCAUGCAUGGAGGCGUGUUUGGGUCAUCCACAUGCAUGGAGGCGUGUUUGGGUCAUCCACAUGCAUGGAGGCGUGUUUGGGUCAUCCACAUGCAUGGAGGCGUGUUUGGGUCAUCCACAUGCAUGGAGGCGUGUUUGGGUCAUCCACAUGCAUGGAGGCGUUUUGGGUGGGUCAUCCACAUGCAUGGAGGCGUGUUUGGGUCAUCCACAUGCAUGGAGGCGUGUGUUUCACAUGGUGGGUGGGGUGGGGUCAUCCACAUGCAUGGAGGCGUGUUUGGGUCAUCCACAUGCAUGGAGGCGUGUUUGGGUCAUCCACAUGCAUGGAGGCGUGUUUGGGUCAUCCACAUGCAUGGAGGCGUGUUUGGGUCAUCCACAUGCAUGGAGGCGUGUUUGGGUCAUCCACAUGCAUGGAGGCGUGUUUGGGUCAUCCACAUGCAUGGAGGCGUGUUUGGGUCAUCCACAUGCAUGGAGGCGUGUUUGGGUCAUCCCCAUGCAUGGAGGCGUGUUUGGGUCAUCCACAUGCAUGGAGGCGUGUUUGGGUCAUCCCCAUGCAUGGAGGCGUGUUUGGGUCAUCCACAUGGGGGGUGUUUGGGUCAUCCACAUGCAUGGAGGCGUGUUUGGGUCAUCCACAUGCAUGGAGGCGUGUUUGGGUCAUCCCCAUGCAUGGAGGCGUGUUUGGGUCAUCCACAUGCAUGGAGGCGUGUUUGGGUCAUCCACAUGCAUGGAGGCGUGUUUGGGUCAUCCCCAUGCAUGGAGGCGUGUUUGGGUCAUCCACAUGCAUGGAGGCGUGUUUGGGUCAUCCCCAUGCAUGGAGGCGUGUUUGGGUCAUCCCCAUGCAUGGAGGCGUGUUUGGGUCAUCCACAUGCAUGGAGGCGUGUUUGGGUCAUCCACAUGCAUGGAGGCGUGUUUGGGUCAUCCACAUGCAUGGAGGCGUGUUUGGGGUCCUGGGGGUGUUUGGGUCAUCCACAUGCAUGGAGGCGUGUUUGGGUCAUCCCCAUGCAUGGAGGCGUGUUUGGGUCAUCCACAUGCAUGGAGGCGUGUUUGGGUCAUCCACAUGCAUGGAGGCGUGUUUGGGUCAUCCCCAUGCAUGGAGGCGUGUUUGGGUCAUCCACAUGCAUGGAGGCGUGUUUGGGUCAUCCACAUGCAUGGAGGCGUGUUUGGGUCAUCCCCAUGCAUGGAGGCGUGUUUGGGUCAUCCACAUGCAUGGAGGCGUGUUUGGGUCAUCCCCAUGCAUGGAGGCGUGUUUGGGUUCAUCACCAUGCAUGGAGGCGUGUUUGGGUCAUCCACAUGCAUGGAGGCGUGUUUGGGUCAUCCACAUGCAUGGAGGCGUGUUUGGGUCAUCCCCAUGCAUGGAGGCGUGUUUGGGUCAUCCACAUGCAUGGAGGCGUGUUUGGGUCAUCCCCAUGCAUGGAGGCGUGUUUGGGUCAUCCACAUGCAUGGAGGCGUGUUUGGGUCAUCCACAUGCAUGGAGGCGUGUUUGGGUCAUCCACAUGCAUGGAGGCGUGUUUGGGUCAUCCACAUGCAUGGAGGCGUGUUUGGGUCAUCCACAUGCAUGGAGGCGUGUUUGGGUCAUCCACAUGCAUGGAGGCGUGUUUGGGUCAUCCACAUGCAUGGAGGCGUGUUUGGGUCAUCCACAUGCAUGGAGGCGUGUUUGGGUCAUCCCCAUGCAUGGAGGCGUGUUUGGGUCAUCCACAUGCAUGGAGGCGUGUUUGGGUCAUCCACAUGCAUGGAGGCGGUUUUGGGUCAUCCACAUGCAUGGAGGCGUGUUUGGGUCAUCCACAUGCAUGGAGGCGUGUUUGGGUCAUCCACAUGCAUGGAGGCGUGUUUGGGUCAUCCACAUGCAUGGAGGCGUGUUUGGGUCAUCCACAUGCAUGGAGGCGUGUUUGGGUCAUCCCCAUGCAUGGAGGCGUGUUUGGGUCAUCCCAAUGCAUGGAGGCGUGUUUUGGGGGGGGGUUUGGGUCAUCCACAUGCAUGCAGAGGCGUGUUUUGGGGUCAUCCACAUGCAUGGAGGGCUUGUUUGGGUGGGUCAUCCACAUGCAUGGAGGCGUGUUUGGGUCAUCCACAUGCAUGGAGGCGUGUUUGGGUCAUCCACAUGCAUGGAGGCGUGUUUGGGUCAUCCACAUGCAUGGAGGCGUGUUUGGGUCAUCCACAUGCAUGGAGGCGUGUUUGGGUCAUCCACAUGCAUGGAGGCGUGUUUGGGUCAUCCACAUGCAUGGAGGCGUGUUUGGGUCAUCCACAUGCAUGGAGGCGUGUUUGGGGGUUGGGGGGGGUGGGUCAUCCACAUGCAUGGAGGCGUGUUUGGGUCAUCCACAUGCAUGGAGGCGUGUUUGGGUCAUCCCCAUGCAUGGAGGCGUGUUUGGGUCAUCCACAUGCAUGGAGGCGUGUUUGGGUCAUCCACAUGCAUGGAGGCGUGUUUGGGUCAUCCACAUGCAUGGAGGCGUGUUUGGGUCAUCCACAUGCAUGGAGGCGUGUUUGGGUCAUCCACAUGCAUGGAGGCGUGUUUGGGUCAUCCACAUGCAUGGAGGCGUGUUUGGGUCAUCCACAUGCAUGGAGGCGUGUUUGGGUCAUCCACAUGCAUGGAGGCGUGUUUGGGUCAUCCACAUGCAUGGAGGCGUGUUUGGUGUUGGGGUCAUCCACAUGCAUGGAGGCGGUUGUUGGGUCAUCCCCAUGCAUGGAGGCGUGUUUGGGUCAUCCACAUGCAUGGAGGCGUGUUUGGGUCAUCCACAUGCAUGGAGGCGUGUUUGGGUCAUCCACAUGCAUGGAGGCGUGUUUGGGUCAUCCACAUGCAUGGAGGCGUGUUUGGGUCAUCCACAUGCAUGGAGGCGUGUUUGGGUCAUCCACAUGCAUGGAGGCGUGUUUGGGUCAUCCACAUGCAUGGAGGCGUGUUUGGGUCAUCCACAUGCAUGGAGGCGUGUUUGGGUCAUCCACAUGCAUGGAGGCGUGUUUGGGUCAUCCACAUGCAUGGAGGCGUGUUUGGGUCAUCCACAUGCAUGGAGGCGUGUUUGGGUCAUCCACAUGCAUGGAGGCGUGUUUGGGUCAUCCCCAUGCAUGGAGGCGUGUUUGGGUCAUCCACAUGCAUGGAGGCGUGUUUGGGUCAUCCACAUGCAUGGAGGCGUGUUUGGGUCAUCCACAUGCAUGGAGGCGUGUUUGGGUCAUCCACAUGCAUGGAGGCGUGUUUGGGUCAUCCACAUGCAUGGAGGCGUGUUUGGGUCAUCCCCAUGCAUGGAGGCGUGUUUGGGUCAUCCACAUGCAUGGAGGCGUGUUUGGGUCAUCCACAUGCAUGGAGGCGUGUUUGGGUCAUCCACAUGCAUGGAGGCGUGUUUGGGUCAUCCCCAUGCAUGGAGGCGUGUUUGGGUCAUCCACAUGCAUGGAGGCGUGUUUGGGUCAUCCACAUGCAUGGAGGCGUGUUUGGGUCAUCCACAUGCAUGGAGGCGUGUUUGGGUCAUCCACAUGCAUGGAGGCGUGUUUGGGUCAUCCACAUGCAUGGAGGCGUGUUUGGGUCAUCCCCAUGCAUGGAGGCGUGUUUGGGUCAUCCACAUGCAUGGAGGCGUGUUUGGGUCAUCCACAUGCAUGGAGGCGUGUUUGGGUCAUCCACAUGCAUGGAGGCGUGUUUGGGUCAUCCACAUGCAUGGAGGCGUGUUUGGGUCAUCCCAUGCAUGGAGGCGUGUUUUGGGUUCCAUUUUGGGGUGGGUCAUCCACAUGCAUGGAGGCGUGUUUGGGUCAUCCCAUGCAUGGAGGCGUGGUUGGGGUCAUCCACAUGCAUGGAGGCGUGUUUGGGUCAUCCACAUGCAUGGAGGCGUGUUUGGGUCAUCCCCAUGCAUGGAGGCGUGUUUGGGUCAUCCACAUGCAUGGAGGCGUGUUUGGGUCAUCCCCAUGCAUGGAGGCGUGUUUGGGUCAUCCCCAUGCAUGGAGGCGUGUUUGGGUCAUCCACAUGCAUGGAGGCGUGUUUGGGUCAUCCACAUGCAUGGAGGCGUGUUUGGGUCAUCCACAUGCAUGGAGGCGUGUUUGGGUCAUCCACAUGCAUGGAGGCGUGUUUGGGUCAUCCACAUGCAUGGAGGCGUGUUUGGGUCAUCCACAUGCAUGGAGGCGUGUUUGGGUCAUCCACAUGCAUGGAGGCGUGUUUGGGUCAUCCCCAUGCAUGGAGGCGUGUUUGGGUCAUCCACAUGCAUGGAGGCGUGUUUGGGUCAUCCACAUGCAUGGAGGCGUGUUUGGGUCAUCCACAUGCAUGGAGGCGUGUUUGGGUCAUCCACAUGCAUGGAGGCGUGUUUGGGUCAUCCACAUGCAUGGAGGCGUGUUUGGGUCAUCCACAUGCAUGGAGGCGUGUUUGGGUCAUCCACAUGCAUGGAGGCGUGUUUGGGUCAUCCACAUGCAUGGAGGCGUGUUUGGGUCAUCCACAUGCAUGGAGGCGUGUUUGGGUCAUCCACAUGCAUGGAGGCGUGUUUGGGUCAUCCCCAUGCAUGGAGGCGUGUUUGGGUCAUCCACAUGCAUGGAGGCGUGUUUGGGUCAUCCACAUGCAUGGAGGCGUGUUUGGGUCAUCCCCAUGCAUGGAGGCGUGUUUGGGUCAUCCACAUGCAUGGAGGCGUGUUUGGGUCAUCCACAUGCAUGGAGGCGUGUUUGGGUCAUCCACAUGCAUGGAGGCGUGUUUGGGUCAUCCACAUGCAUGGAGGCGUGUUUGGGUCAUCCCCAUGCAUGGAGGCGUGUUUGGGUCAUCCACAUGCAUGGAGGCGUGUUUGGGUCAUCCACAUGCAUGGAGGCGUGUUUGGGUCAUCCCCAUGCAUGGAGGCGUGUUUGGGUCAUCCCCAUGCAUGGAGGCGUGUUUGGGUCAUCCACAUGCAUGGAGGCGUGUUUGGGUCAUCCCCAUGCAUGGAGGCGUGUUUGGGUCAUCCACAUGCAUGGAGGCGUGUUUGGGUCAUCCACAUGCAUGGAGGCGUGUUUGGGUCAUCCACAUGCAUGGAGGCGUGUUUGGGUCAUCCCCAUGCAUGGAGGCGUGUUUGGGUCAUCCACAUGCAUGGAGGCGUGUUUGGGUCAUCCACAUGCAUGGAGGCGUGUUUGGGUCAUCCACAUGCAUGGAGGCGGUGUUUUGG